UGUUUUAAUGUCACAAAAAAAAAAAAAAAAAUUAAGGACUCUUUUAAGUCACAAGAAUAUUAUGGUCGUACUUAAAAGAAGAUCAAAUAAAUAAAAGAAAACCCAACUAUGAUCAGCACUCUCUCUCGAAGAGAUUGGGGACCUCACAUUCCGUCCAGAAGCUUCGUCGUCACAGGAUCGCCGGCUAACAAUUUCUUGAAGUUUUGCUAUUGGAUGAGAGAGGUUGCUUGAAAUUUGAGAUUAAAUAUUCAGAUGGAUUUUAAUAACGACUUCACAUUUUAUCAGGUGGGUUUAGCUGAAAAGGAUGAUAAAGAGGCGAGGGAUCUUGCAUCAAAAAUAGGCGAUAUUACCUUGAGGGAUGAAUUGGCGAAUAACACCGUUAGUAGGACUCAUGUCAUUUUGAAUGAUAAACUAUCGAAUGAUAUCAAUUCCAGAAAGCAGGCAACAGUUGGUUCUUUGGAUUUCAAUUCGUCUUCAAAACAAUCAAGUACGUUGCCAACAGAAGAGGUGAGGAAAGAUGCUGGAAAGGUUGUGAAGAAAUCAAAAAAACAAGGGAUUGCUGUGCGUAAGCAUGCAGUUCGAACAAAGGUUCCUUUUGAGAAGGGAUAUAGUCAAAUGGAUUGGCUUAAGCUUACUCGAACCCAUCCUGAUCUUGCAGAAUUGAAAGGCCAGUCAAAUAAAAGGCUUAUCCCUAUGAGCGAAGUUAAACAACAUCAGAGUGAGGGCUCCAUGUGGACUGUUCUGAGAGGUCGCGUGUACAAUUUAUCUCCGUAUAUGAAGUUUCACCCUGGAGGUACUGAAAUACUCAUGAAGGCAGUGGGAAAAGAUUGUACAUCUUUAUUCGAUAAAUACCAUGCUUGGGUGAAUGCUGAAUUUUUGCUGGAGGAGUGUCUGAUCGGCACCUUGGAUGAUAGACAUCGACGGUUCUAUGAUAUGCUGCGGAUAUCAUUAAAAAAACUAAGCUCUCUAGCUUCCCAACAACUUGGAAUGCUAUGGGGAGUGAAGGAUGAGCUUACCGAACUCAAAAGCUCUGUUUCAGCCAUCAAAGCUGUAGUUCUUGAUGCAGAGGAGCAAACUAAAAGUCACUUUUUGAAGGAUUGGCUCGAGAAGUUGAAAGAAGCUCUUUAUGAUGCAGAAGAUGUACUUGAUGAAAUCUCUUGUGAGGCUGUUCGUCGAGGAAGAAAAGCAAAGCAGGUAAGGAUCUUCUUCUCUAGAUAUAACCCGAUCGCAUUUGACUAUAAGAUGACAUGUCAAAUAAAGAAUGUUAGAGAGAGGUUGGAAGUGAUUGCUGCUGAAAGAAAGAACUUUCAUUUGACUGAAAUCAUUGGACAAAAGACUCAGCAUGGUUCGUUUGAUCAAAUUCAUAUGGGGGCAGAGACCCACUCUUUUUCAAAUAAUGAAGAGGUGAUCGGAAGGGAUGAUCAUAAGAGAGUAAUAAAAGAUCUUUUACAAGAUAUGAAUGUCAAAGACAAUAUUUCAUUCAUCGCAAUAGUUGGAAUGAGUGGAAUAGGCAAGACAACACUGGCUAGAUCCCUCUUCAAUGAUUCACAAGUAUCACAAUGUUUUGAUCUAAAAAUUUGGGUUUGGGUUUCUCAAAAUUUUGAAGUGAAAAUAGUAGUGGAGAAGAUUAUAGAAUCCGCAACCAACAGCCGUCCUAAUGUACAUGGGAUGGAAUCUCUGCAAACCCAGCUUCAAAAAAUGCUCCAAGGAAAGAAAUAUCUGUUGGUUAUGGAUGAUAUAUGGAAUGAAAGCGAACAAAAAUGGUUCGAAUUGAAAAACUUGUUGAUGGGUGGUGCGAGAGGGAGUAAGAUUAUGAUCACAAAGCGUGAUAGUACACUAGCGGUAGAGAUCUCAAACAUGACGUCUCUAAUCACUUUGAAGGGCCUAUCAGAGAGUGAUUCUUGGUCGUUGUUUAAAAAGGUGGCAUUCAUGGAUGGUAUAGAGCCAGAAAAUCCGAAGUUGAUACAAUUAGGAAAAGAGAUUUUGGUGAAGUGUGGAGGUGUUCCUCUUGUAAUAAGGCAUAUAGGACGUCUGCUAUACAUACAAAAAUCUGAAGAAGAAUGGAUAUCCUUCAAGAAUAACCAACUUUUGGAAGUAAUUCAACGGGAUCACGACAUGGCAUCGAUACUAAAAUUGAGCUAUAACCACCUUUCAUCAAAUUUAAAGCAAUGUUUUGCUUAUUCAUCCUUGUUACUUAAAUAUAGGCUCAUCCAUAAAGAUGAAUUGAUUCGACAAUGGGUGGCUCAAGGUUUUGUCCAAUCACUAAGUGGGUGUAAAUCCAUGGAAGAUACAGCAAAUGACUAUUUCAUGGAAUUGUGUUGGAGGUUCUUCUAUGAAAAUUUUAAUGAUGAGCAUAACUUCGAGGAUGAUGUUUAUAUCCAUGAUGUGAUGCAUGAUCUUGCUAGGAUGGUAGCAGGAAACGAAUAUGUAGGUGGGAAUCAGAAUCAUGAUCAUGUUGUUGCCGAAAGUACUCGCCAUAUCUUAUUCGACCGUGAAAUAGGAAUAUGGGAACAAGUUCCAUCCAAAUUACUCAAGGCAAAAGGAUUGAGAACCUUUAUUUUAUCCAAUGAUAUUUUGGACAGGAAGAAUCAGAUGAAUGAAGUUGUUUUGGAUGAGCUCUUUUGCAGAUUUUCACGUUUGCGAGUACUAGAUUUAAAGUACUCAAAUAUUAAAAGGGUGCCAGAUUCUAUCAAAAGGCUUACGCAUCUUCGAUAUCUUGAUCUAUCUGGAAAUUAUAUGAAAUCACUCCCAAAUUCUGUCACUGCAUUGGUAAAUCUGCAAACACUAAAUCUAAAGCAAUGUUAUGCACUAAAGAAACUGCCAAGAGGGACUAGAAAUCUGGUAAAUCUUAGGCAUCUUAAUAUAUCUGAUUCAACCCAUCUAACCCAUAUGCCAGAAGGAAUGGGAAAAUUGACUUGUCUACAGACAUUAAGUUCAUUUGUGUUGGACAGUCAUAGUCAUAGGCUUGGGAGUAAGCUAAUCGAACUGAAUGGGCUGAACGAUCUAAGAGGAUCCUUAGAGAUUAUAGGUUUAGAGAAUUUGAAGUUUACACCAUCGGAAGCCAGUUUAGCAAACCUGAAAGAGAAAAAAGGUUUGCGACAUUUGAAACUGAUAUGGAAGAAUCUGAGUGGGGAUGAGCAUAGAUUCCAAGCUGAUGAAGAAAUAUUAGCAGGGCUAGAACCAAAUCCAGCCAUUGAAUCCUUUAGAAUUUCAGGGUAUUUUGGAGUCAAAUUACCCAACUGGUUGUCCUUGUCCAGCCCACUUAUGAAGCUAACUCGCAUUAUGAUCGUGAAUUGCAAGAGACUGCAAAAUCUACCUCAGAUCCAGCACCUUCCUGCUCUCAAGUCUCUAUACUUAGUGAACUUAACAUCUCUCAAAUUCAUAGACAACACUGAUCCAUACUCGUCAGCACUGUUUUUUCCAUCUCUAGAAAGUCUAUGUUUAAUGGAUAUGCUUAAUUUGGAAGCAUGGUGGGAAAGGGAAUCAAUGGUGGAAGAGGAAUCCCUUCCAACGUUUCCCUGUCUAACUAUACUAUCAAUCUCCAACUGUCCCAAGCUAGCUACCAUGCCAGGACACCCACCUUUAACAGAUAUUACAUUAGACGGUGUUGGUCUACAGAUGAUGAGUAGCAGACGAAGCAGUUCAAAUACCUCUCCAUCUUCGAGUUUGAAAAGUCUAGAACUCAAAGGAAUCGAGGAUCUAAAAAAUUUGUCACACAAACUACGACAAAACCUCAAUUCAUUGAAAUUUCUGUAUAUAACAGAAUGCGAAAAUUUGGUGAACUCACUCUUUGACGAUACGCGUAAUAGUAGUACCUCGACCAGGAAUUAUACAGAGCUUGGAGAUGCUAUGCAAUGGAAAUUCCUUCUUAAUCUGAAAUUCUUGCGUCUUGAGAAUCUCCCGAAACUAGUGUCGCUGCCAAUCGAGGUCCAGCAUUGGACUGCCCUGAAAUUUCUGAUAAUAUCAAAAUGCCCUAAUUUCAGCAGCUUACCGGAAUGGAUUGGCGGGAUGGUUUCACUUCAGGAGCUGGAGAUUCUUGAGUGUCCAAAAUUAAAAUCACUGCCGGAGGGAAUUCGGGAACUCAAAGCUUUGAAUCACCUCCGCAUUGCGGGUUGCCGGGAAUUGGAAGAAAGAUGCAGAGAGGGGGCGGAGGAUUGGCCUAAGAUUGCACAUGUCCCCCAUUUUUGGCGGUUCCUUUCGUACUAUAAAAGAUACGAAAAUGCCGCCGACUUUAACACUAAGCAACCAUCUCUUUCUUCAGGAUCGGAAGCUAAGCGCGGGAUAUGGAGGAAAAUGAAAGUGUACUUAAUCACCAAGGGAGGGUAAAGAUAUUACCUUGAAUGUAGUAGUUCUGAAAGCAUCAGCAUCCAAUGGUGGCUUGACUUCUUUGCCAAUCUUAUGAUUGCGUUAGUACUUAGGGUUGUUGCUCAUAAAUUAAUAUAACCUUUAAUUUGAUACUACUUUAUAAAACC